CGGGGGAGGGAGGGGGGCCGGUCCGCGACGACUCCCAGGACGGCGUUUCUCCUCCGAGCAGCGCCGGUUUCGGCUUUGGGGGGGGCGGGGGUACAGCCCAUCCAUGACCAUGGGCGACAAGAAGAGCCCGACCAGGCCAAAAAGACAAGCAAAACCUGCUGCAGACGAAGGCUUUUGGGAUUGUAGCGUCUGCACCUUCAGAAACAGCGCCGAAGCCUUUAAAUGCAGCAUCUGCGAUGUGAGGAAAGGCACCUCCACCAGAAAACCUCGGAUCAAUUCUCAGCUGGUGGCACAGCAAGUGGCCCAACAGUAUGCCACUCCACCACCCCCUAAAAAGGAGAAGAAGGAGAAGGUUGAAAAGCAAGACAAAGAGAAACCCGAGAAAGAUAAAGAAAUUAGUCCUAGUGUUACCAAGAAAAAUACCAACAAAAAAACAAAACCAAAGUCCGAUAUUCUGAAAGAUCCUCCUAGCGAAGCGAACAGCAUACAGUCUGCAAAUGCUACAACAAAGACCAGUGAAACGAAUCACACCUCAAGGCCCCGGCUGAAAAACGUGGACAGGAGCACCGCACAGCAGCUGGCAGUGACUGUGGGCAACGUCACCGUCAUUAUCACAGACUUUAAGGAAAAGACUCGCUCCUCCUCGACCUCCUCAUCCACAGGGACCUCCAGUGCAGGGUCAGAACAGCAGAACCAGAGCAGCUCGGGGUCGGAGAGCACAGACAAGGGCUCCUCCCGCUCCUCCACGCCAAAGGGCGACAUGUCAGCAGUGAAUGAUGAAUCUUUCUGAAAUUGCACAUGGAGUUGUGAAAACUAUGAAUCAGGGUAUGAAAUUCACAUCCUCCACCUGCCCAUGCCGCUCGCACCCCUGGAGAAUCUUCUGUGGACAUCGACCUCUUAGUGAUGCUGCCAGGAUAAUUUCUGCUUGCCAUGGGCAUCUGGCCCCCAAGGAAUUUCGCACCCUGACGAUUACUCUUGACACUUUUAUGUAUUCCAUUGUUUUAUAUGAUUUUCCUAACAAUCAUUUAUAAUUGGAUGUGCUCCUGAAUCUACUUUUUAUAUAAAAAAAAAAAAAUCUGCUGUGCACAAUUUUCCAUGUACAUUACAACUGGUUUUUGUUUUUGUUUUG